UACGGCGAUGAACAAGAUGAAGGCGACCGGACUACAGUUUGUUGUGAUUUUCACGAUUCUUUGUCAAAUAGCUGCAAAACCAACGGACAACAAGGAGGAUACGAUUCCAGGAUCUAAAGCCCCCAGCAUUCCAAAGAGUGACAUCAUUUUCGUUCUUGACGCGUCAUCGAGUGUCACAAUCGAAAGGUUUGAUGCGAUGCGGAGCUUCAUCGGGGCCAUCAUGACCAAUGAGAUCGAGAAGUUGGGGUCAGACCAAACACAGGUCGGUUUGGUGAUGUUCUCAACCGAUGUGGUCAAAAAUGUCCCCUUAAACAAGUAUACCAAGAUCGAGGGGUUCAAUGAGGAACUUAGUGGGCUUACCUAUGUCAGGGGAGAGACGAAUCUCGGCAAGGCUCUCAGGUUUGUUCGCACGAAGGCACUCCAAUCUGGCAACGGAUAUCGGCCGAGCGUACCCCACGUUGCGGUCAUCGUGACGGACGGUUGGGUCUCGGAUAUCCCCCUUGCAAAAGAUGAAAUAAAGCGACUCAGGGAUAGGGGAGUUUAUGUCAUAGUAGUGGGGAUCGGUCAGUAUGUUGACAGAGGCGGCCUGAGGAGCCUGGGCAUCAAUUCUGUGCGGGCGGAAUCGUGGACGGGCCUCGUGGAAGCGCUCCCGGAUUUGAGAAAGAAAGCGGCACACAGCGAUAGUAAGAAGAUUAACCGUUGUGGACAUGACUUUAAAGCAAAUGUCAUAUUCGUUGUUGAUAGUUCUCACAGCAUCGGUGAGGCAAACUUCAAAACCCUCAAGACCUUCCUUUUAAAUGUUGUCCGGGCAUUCAAAGUCAUUGGAAAGAAUGGAGUGCAGGUAGGAAUGGUCCAGUAUUCUUCAUACGAUAAAACGAAGGUUUUGUUCAACCUGGACACGUACAAUGACCGUAAAAGUUUGGAAUCGGCCAUCGGUAAGCUCAGAUGGACUAAGGGAGGGACCAAGACGGGCUACGCGAUGCGCUUGGCGGAGAAGUCGGUGGCUCAGCAGGCGUCCAGGAAGGACGUUCAUGACAACUUCAUUGUCGUAACGGAUGGAAAGGCAAAUGAUAGAGUUGAGUUUGCCGCGGCGCGUCUGCACAAAGCGAACUACACAGUGUUGGCGGUCGGUAUCGGCAAGUCUGUGGAUGGCGAGGAACUGAGAGCAAUCGCGAGUGAACCAAAAGAAGUGCACGUUUUCCGCCCUGGUGACUUCAGUCAACUGCCGUGGUACUUGAGUUACAUCAUCACCGAGGUUUGCCGCCCGGUGGAUGUGGUGAGCAAGCAACAGAAAACGGAGAAUAUCGAGGUUGGGAAAGACUCAGAAAGGAAAUAGGGCUCAAAGGAAGCGGAGUCGGGUUGACCACAGGCGAAUGUAAGCCUACAUCAGUUAGCAUUCCUAACGUAGUAAAUCUUUUCUCGUCGCUAGGUACACUACCAGACAACUACAAUGUUUUACGAAACAACUCUUUUGAGGUGGUACAAUUUAUUACCCACAUUUACUGCAGUUUUCACUUGAUAUCAGGCAUGGA